AUGCGACUUCUCGGAACUCUCGCAGCUGUCCCCUGUGUCUUCUCGGUCUACGUCGCUGGGGAACAUGGGUAUCUCUGCUCGGAUGCUGAAGGAACUACAAACACAACCUAUGAUCAAGCUCUCGUGGAGAAAAGUGUGACGGAUGCAUGUCUUCCAGACAGCGAGCUGUCCGCGGCCGAACUCGCGGCAAACGUCGAGGCGAAGAAGUAUCCUCAGGUCUGGGUUAACUCGGAAGAUUAUGGCUUUAACGAGACCGUUUUACUUUGGAAAUACCAAGGAAACAGCUCUGAGUCUCUAGAAGAGGCUGAUGUCCUUGUUUUUACCAACAAAUCCUGUGACAUUCUGGGAUUACUACAGACAUCCGAUGACCAGUAUACGAUCUGCAAAGAUGUGAAGGAACAAAAUGACAAGAAAACAAGCUCAGAGAUUCUUUCUAAAAAGCCUCGACCCGGUAUUUUCAGUGGUUGGAUAUAUGGUGACAUGCACAAUGGAAGGGGCUUCACUUCCGAUGACGCUAUAACCAUUCCACAACCUCAUUACGAUGACUUCGACUCUCAGGGGCGGCGUAUUCCUAGGCCGAUCGCGCCUCAACCAUACCCUGGACAGGGAGGUGGACCACCUCCAAGUAUGUCACGGCCUCCGCGGGGACCACCGCCUUUGCAGGGCCCACCAAGUAGUUGCGGACCCGGUGGCUGCCCACCACGUUAA